AAAACGUUUCAGUUGUCAAUCGAACCAGUCAAAGAAAUGUUUAUUUGCCACUCUGCACAAAAGAUUUAAUGGAAAAUACAAUUUUGAAGAAGAAAAUAUAAUUUAUAGAAAAUAAAUACCGCGAAAAUGUUCAAAUUAAGUGUUCAAUUAACUGUGAUAAUAAUUGUCUUAAGUUUAUUCCAUUCAUCGGAUGCAUUACUUCGACGCUGCUUUCAAUGUCGAUCCCGUGGAGAAUUAGGCAGCUGUAAGGACCCAUUCACAUUCAAUGCCACCGAUGUGGAAAAAGAAUCUGGUGUUACUGCGAUUCCAUGUGCAUCGGGCUGGUGCGGAAAAGUAAUUGAAGGCGGUGGCACUUAUGCCGUUGAUGAUUACGAUCAGGCCAUACAACGGAUGUGUGUACAACGUGGACCAGACGACAAUCAGGAUCGAUGCGCCAAUACAAUUUACAAUUACAAAAAAGUUUAUAUGUGUUUCUGUCAAGGUGAUUUGUGCAAUGGUAGCGAGUCGAUAAUAAAUCACAAGAACGCAAUGACAAUCCUGGGACUGAGUGCAACCGUAUUGUUAGCCGUUUACAAUAGUUAUUUAUAACAAAUAUUAAAAAUAUUGUUUAAAUAAAAUUAUUUUUUAUCAGUGUAUGAAUAAAAAAAAUUAUAAAUUAUUUCUUUAAAAAAAUCAAAACAAACAACAA